AUGUGUGCAUCGGCGCAGAAGAUGAAAGGCGCUGAGUUCCGUUUUCUUUCAGGGAAAACUGAAAACUUCACUCACGCCAUGCUGUCCGCUCGCGAAGAUGCGAUACGUGAAGAAAAGGGUGACGCCGAGUACCUGACCAAAGGAAACAUGGUUCAGGUUGUUUUAAACAUAUUUGGAGCCGCAACCGACACUUCAGCCGCAGAACUUCAGUGGCUAUUUCUGAUGAUGGCUAAAGAGCCCUGGAUUCAAGAAAAAAUCCAAAAAGAAAUCGAAGACAACAUCGGAAACUCGCCACCUGUCUACAAAGACAGGGAAAAGAUGCCUUUCACUGUAGCGUGCUUGAUGGAGACCCUUCGAUGUUUCCCUGCGGCUCCCCUCGGCAUACCGCACAACACCACGACGAACACUAAACUCGGAAAAUUGGAGAUACCAAAGGACACGGGCGUGCUAUUUAACGCAUACGGCGUGAACCACGAUCCCAAGCUCUGGGACGAACCGGAAGAAUUCCGACCGGAGCGCUUCCUGGACCCCGCCACCGGCAAGCUUCGCCGAGAACCGUUGCCCCUGGUCACUUUCGGCAUGGGACCGCGGACUUGCCCCGGAGAGAAGCUGGCGCACGUGGACAUGUUCUACAUCCUCGUGCGACUCCUGCAGCGCCUCAGCGUCAGUGCAGGCGAAAAACAACCCAUGGUGGACGUUCGUAGCCUGCGCUCGAACAUAUUCCUGUUGCCCGCCGAACAGAAUAUCACGCUCACUAGAAGGAACUAGACGCUUCGUGUACUUACAUUUUUGCUACCCUAAGUCUU